AGAGAGGACAUGUGUGUGUAUUUAAGUGGGAGGAUUUAAAUUUUAAAAAAUGUCAGUGAAAAUUACGGUUGCCAAUGGUGCUGAAGAGCGGUGUGGCCCCCUUCCCGUUCGUAUAGUACGCAGUUGGAUAUGUUGUCUUCUUGAUCCUCUUAUUCCUUCGGGAUUAACAGAUACACUUUGACGUCAGGAUUAAUCAUUCGAUGUCACCCUUAGCUAGGGGGAAUCCUUCUUUCUUAAAGUGAAGGAUUGGUCGGAUCACAGGAUCUCACCAAGGUGCGGUGGUACCAUGGGCGCUGUGGCGACCUGCCCCCUGGAAGUGGUGAAGACGAGACUCCAGUCUUCUACCUUCUCAGUGAUGGGGGGUGGUCCUCUGCCUCCUCCGGCUGCCCAGCACGGAGGGACGACGACCUGCCCCACGAUGCCCUCCCAGCACUUGAGGGGCAACACUUCCAGAAGACUAUGCACCAGUGCACUGACAAGUAGCACGCAGGUGGUUCAUCUCUCCCACCAGCUUCCCAAUCCACAGGGACAGCCAAACACACUGUCCCUCUUCCAUUGCCUCAAAUAUAUAGUGGAAGUUGAAGGCCCUCGAGCACUGUUCCGAGGUCUUGGUCCAAAUCUUGUCGGGGUGGCCCCCUCCAGAGCCAUCUACUUUUGCUCAUAUUCACAAAUGAAAAAAGUACUAAACAAUAACAUGGCUCAUCCUGAUUCCCCCAUUGUUCACAUCAUUUCAGCAUCAUGGGCUGGUUUCACGGCAUGCACAGCCACCAACCCCAUCUGGUUCAUCAAAACACGGUUGCAACUAGAGUACAGCCAAUAUGGCCAUUCUCCCUCGGCCCUUAAUUGUAUACGCCGUACCUAUAGACAACAGGGUAUCAGUGGGUUUUACAGAGGGAUCACAGCGUCAUAUUAUGGCAUCUCAGAAACUGUCAUUCAUUUCGUCAUAUACGAAGCCAUCAAAGCUAAGCUUGCUGCGUAUAGGCAAGGCAAUCCAAGCAGCAGAUCUGCAAGGGACUUCCUUGAAUUUAUGCUUGCUGGGGCUACAUCUAAAACCAUUGCUUCUUCCAUUUGCUACCCACACGAAGUUGCAAGGACUCGGUUAAGAGAAGAAGGCUGCAAGUACCGAGGUUUCUGGCAAACCUUAGGCCUAGUUUUGCGUGAAGAAGGGUGGGGGGGCUUGUAUAGGGGACUAGCCACCCAACUUGUGAGACAGAUUCCCAAUACGGCUAUCAUGAUGGCUACCUACGAGGGUGUAGUCUAUGUUUUAACAAGGCAUUUCGGUACCCAGAACGAAUUCUACGACGAUGAUGAUGAUUAUGAUGAUGACAUGGAUGAGGAUUAAUUGUUGUCUUUGUACAAGACAUAUUACUUAGUUGUUCUCAGCUGUCAUCCUUAGUCAUGUUAAAUAUAUAUAGCCUCGUGUCUGUCUCAUGGCUAGAGUAGUCAUGAAACAAGUUAUAUAAUGCUCAUCAUUAUUUGGUUAGAAAGACUAAACUCAAAAAUUGUGCACCAUUGAUGAAGAGUUUUUGUUUUGAGGAGAGUGUGUGUUGUAUUUUGCCGUCAACUUUUCAAUUGAUAUAAUCAGUAAUUUGCAAUUACUUUCGUCAUUGGUUUAUUGCUCAUGUUCCAUUCACUGGAAUAUUAAUUUUGGUUGCAGUCCUUUAAGGGUGGAUUAGAUGUUUUAUUGGUUAGUAUUUUCUGGAUUUGGGAAUCCAUAUCGAGGUGCUUAUGCAUUGUUCCUAGUAAUGACAGUGAUCAUAGUGAUAUUUUUGUUUUUGUGAUUCAGUUACCUGUGCAUGUGCAUUCCACAGCUGGAGUAACUGGCACCCAUAUCGUGUGUACAGUGUGUUUGCGUGUAUGUACGUUUGUCAUGUUUCUUGGAGUGGGUAGUGCCAGUGUUGGAGUAGAACCCUCCAAUUUCUCUUUAAUAAAAGGAUUCAUUGGAUCAAAGGGCUCAGUGGUGGGUGUAUGCAGGUUUAUCACACCUGUUGUCAUUCCACGGGCAACAGGCAGGUGUUGGAGAGAAUGUAAGGAUUCAUUUUGAUGUGAAGCACUUGGUGUUUAGCAUUGCUUGAAGAAGUACUGCUAAUCUUCAAUGAAUGCACUGUUGGUUGUAGCAAUAUCUCCUAAUAAUGUAAAGCGAGGGAGAGUAUGAAGUCUCAGAGGCUACAUGAAUUCUCUGAAGCUUUUUUUUUUAUUGUAUAUAGUAAUGUUUGUGUAAAUACAAAAACUGUAAAUCUAGCUCUGUGCCUUUAUGUUACGUCUGCUACCUAAGGAAGAAGCUGUGACGAUGUAUUCUUUCAAGUCUUACAGUCCAAGUUCUGCUGUAUCUAUUUUAGAAUAUCAUCACUCCAGUUUUCUUUUGUAUCUACCACUACUACGCCACAAAAUGAUGAUUCUCUACUGCUACUCUGCCACAAAAUGAUGGUUCUAUUGCAAUAGUGAAGUCGUACCAAACAUUGAUUUCUUGUGGUGUUCCUGUAUUAUCAGCGGGUUAUGCAGCCUUUCAAAGUCAAGAGUAUUAGUGAAAUUUAAGGCUGACAUUGAAGUAAGACUGGUAAUUGCAGUACACAUAAUGUUUUUGACUCUAAAACGUCAUCAACUUGCAGCUGGUAACUGUAGUAGAGUGGUUAACACUUUCUGCAGCUCGUUUGAUUGGGUACACACUGAUGUAUACUUGGAUGAAGUGAUCAGUCAUGAAGUAAUGAACUAACCACACUAUGAUAGAUAUACAUCUACAGUCUUCAUAGCAUCUAGUCUUGCAAUCAGUUGUGGCUGUGAUCGUGACAUUAAGCUUUUGUUUGCAUCUAGAUAAAUGCAGGAAGUUUAUAUAACUGGAAGCACAAUGCCAAUCAAGCACAAAAAUAAACAGAUGAAGGAGGUGUUCAUGAUGCUAUUGUGUCCUUUGUUUUGAUUUAGAGAUUCUCAGUUUGUCCAGUGUUUUGACAAUUUCACUACUUGCGUGGAAGUAUUCUGCAAAGCAUUUUGAACUUUAGCUUGGAGACAAGACAUCUUUUUAGAGUUUUGGCAAAGUUGACUAUUCCAAAUGAGUAAAAUAUAAAAAAAAAUAUAAACUUUCAUCACCUUUAGCAUAUUUAGACUCAGUGUUUGUUUAUACAAAGUGUAGUAUGCCAUAUUGGAUGACAAACCUUGACGAAGGAAAUCUCUUUAAUGUAGAAAAACUUCCAAACAACUUUUUUGUCGUUACUGAAACAAAUGAUAUAGCAUGUACACACUUAUCAUACUUAGUUGAAUUAGUUGAAUGUAAUAGGACAUGAUAGCUGACUUUUGAGGUGAAGUUUGAAUCUGCAAUAGUCAUAUACUGAGAAACUCAUUUCCCAUCAACGAGACUGGGAAACUUCUGUAUAGUAUUAGUCAAACCUACUGUGCAGUGGUUCAUUAAGUUCCAGUUUUUGCUCAACAUUACAGGUUUAGUUAUGAUUCCAAAUUAGGGUUAGGUGUUGAUAUUUAUAUAGUAGCUUGACCUCAACAGCAUUUUCGUGCUGACUCGUAGGGUUUUCCUCUUUUCAGAUGUAUAUGAAAUAUUGUAUAUAUAUAAUUUUUGUAAGGUGGGUUUUGUUUCUAUGGUAAGGUUUAAUGGAAAAGAGCAAGCAGGUAUUUUGCAAGUGAUUGGCAGCAUGUCGGAUAUCAGGAAUUCGUUGUGAUUACAAGUAGAAAUUCUGAUAGGCUACUUUAAGGGAAAGGUCAUAUUGCUUCUUCAAUUUUCAACCAGUUAAAGAGCAUUUGCAAUUUAGCCCUGGGAUCAGAACAGCUUUUAUGAUAGUAAAUAAAAAUCUUUAUUUUUUGUCAAGUUUUUCAAGAGACUAUACGUAUUCUGUUUUGUAAAUGCUCACUGUGUUUUGUUAUUAUGAGAGCAUAAAUUUGAUCUGUGAUCUAAUAUCUCUCCUACACAAGCUUCUCACUGAACAGCUCAUAGUACUGCACCAGGCUUCUUUAUUGUUGCAUAGAAAGUUGAUUUUGCUGGAUGUAGGUACCAUAUAUGGAUGUGUUAUAAUUUGCCAGCUGAUACUCAAGUUUCCUGUCUUACCUGCAUAGUUGCAGUUAGUUUUUAUAAAGUUACUGUAAAAAUUUAAGCCGAUGAUUUGAUCUUGAAGGUUUCUGUAAAUCUUACUGUGCAGAUAACUUUACAAAAAUGUCUAAUAGAUGCAUAAUUUUCAAGUAUGUGUAGUAGUAGUUUUUCAAUUCAAUUCUAUAUUUUUUAUUAUUAAUUAGUCCACUGCAGUUCAUUGGUACCGCACAUGAUGCGGCUACUUUCUAUGCUUGGAAAGUUGCUUCCUAUCGCUUUUUAUUUCUUCUUUGCCCUGAACGUCUUCCCGGUGUGGUUUAGGUAUAGAUAAUUAUAUCUAAAGCCACUGUAGUUUUGCUAUCAUUUUUAGCAGAUUUUAUUUUUAAUUCACUAUUUCUUGAGCUGUGCCAAAAAUAUGUUUUUCAGCGUAAGAAUAAAAAGCACUGCAGUUCUCGUGCACUGAAAUGCAAUAGCUUUUUCAAUUCACCUUAGUCUUACAGCAUCAGUGAGAAAGCUUGGUUGUAUGGUAUUUAUUGUUAGGUUAUGCACACGAUCUGUUUGGUAGGUAAUGCCUUUUUUGACGUCCAGAGCUACUUGAUACCAUCAAAAGGGAAUCGCGAAAGAUAACAAGAGAUCCCAUACCAGAAGAAAGAGGUUCACUUUUAUUCUUCAGGAAUGUAAGGCAUAAGCUCAAAUGCAAAUUGAGCAGCACAAAUGUGAUGUAUAACUGGUAAAAUUUCAAACAAAAAUGGUACCUGAAAUUGGAUUAUAUAAAAACCUUUCUCUGAGCUUUCAUGUUAUGCAUAUAGCUUUGUAAAUAGAUGUUUAUAUAUUUGUUGAAAUGUAGCUUUUAAAGCCAAUAAAGAUAUGUAAUUACGAUUA